CGCGACAGUCGCUCUUGCCCAGCCGCGACGAUACGCAACCUCGUCCCUUUUCCUUCUGGAACCCAACAUCGGAGGCUGCUCCAGAGGAUCGUACCGAUCGUUAUUUCCACCCGACCUCGCUGGUCCACGUCCACGCAGAAAAUAUACACGCAGAGAGAGAGAGAAGGGUGUAAAAAAAAAUAAUGGCGCUCAAGGGUGGUUGGUUGCCGUUGGUCUGCCUGAUGGGAUUGGCAAGUGCCCUCGGCCCGUUGCCGCCGCACCGCAUGAGCGAGGAAUCCCUCAGGGGCGCGUUGAGCGCCGUUGCGAGGAAGCAGAGAUCCUUGAACAGCGCCCCCCACGACUAUUACCUCGAGUUGCCUAUGACGAGGCUCGGAGGACCCGAGGAUAAGCUCAGUCGCGGGCAACAGGUGGCAACCGACGACAUGGACAACGACGCUCUCGACUUCAUUCCACCCGGAACGGGCCAGGUGGAGACAAUCGGCGACGGCUACCAGCACUUGGGCAACAGGCAACACUUGGAACGGGCCCUGAUGGACUACUUGCAAUACGGCACCGACCAGGCCAACGAGGACGAUGAGCCAGCUAGGUCGGUGUUCCGGGAACGAGAGCGCACCGGCAGCCGCAAACGGACCAGCAACGACCAGCAGGACCUGCUCAGCGACAAGAUGCUCCGGCUGUUGCAGGACUUGGAGAACGAGCAAGCGCCCAACAGAGCUUAUCCCGGGAACAGUGUCGAAAUGUACCGACAACUUGUGAGCGGACAUAGGAAGCCAGGGCAGGGGAGAAUCGAGCGGAGGAACGUCAACGCGCGCUACCCUCUCUUCAACCGGGAGUACGGCUACACGAAGCGCUUUCCCGUAUCGAAACGCAGCGCCAAAUCGGCCGCGACCACCAAGAAACGCCAGGCCGUUGUUACCGAUCCUAAGCUCGACGCGCAGGUUGCUCAGGACCUGGGAUCGUUGUUCGGCGGUAACGGAGUAGUUAACCGCAGCCACGAGCACGAGCAUGAUCACGAGCAUGAUCACGAGCACAAGCACGGGAACGAAGUAGCGAAGGUCGGUGUCAGCCUGAAGGACGGCUCGGCCAAGUUGGCCAACAAAACGAUCCGGGAACGGAGCAUCCAAGUGAGGAAGAAGAGCGUCGACUGGUCUCAGUACUUUGGGAUCGAUCGCAGGAAGAAGAAGACCGUGUACGCCGCCAAGCCCGACAGCCGGGACCAGGACAACGAGUAUCUGUUGCAGAAAUACUACGAGAUAAUGGCCGAGAAUUUGAAGCCGAGCGUUGCCGGCAAGAGCAGCCCGGCCGGUGAGAAACGAGGAACGGAUCAGCUGCAGCAAGUAGACUCCGAGCUGAGGGACAUGAAGGAUACGAUGAUGGACGAGGCUGUGCAGGUGAGCUCCAGAAACGACAUGGGCGACCAGCAGGUCAAGGACGAGAUAAUGUCGCGUCUGGCGACCGCCUAUUCCCUGGAGAAGCUUCGCAGGGCCCUCGAGGAGCUAAGCAGCAGCGCCGAUACCACUGCACAGCAGCAGCAUUCGGCCGUAGCUGAACAGACUUCGACCAGCAAUAUGACGGAUGCCAGGAGUGCCACCGAGAACAAGCGGAACAAUCCGCGCAACGACGAUUCCGGCAACACCGUGGUGCAAGCUGGGGCCAAAGGCUGCCCGCAGAUGAUGCUGGCCGAGGCUCGAUGCAGGGCAAACGAGGUUCUCGUCGAUGGAUUCAGAGAGGCCCUGCACAUUCCCUGCGUCAUGUAUCAGAUCUGCAGCAGCUGCGAGGACGACAAUUGUCUGGAGAGAUUUGCCCUGGAGGUUGAGAGAGUUUGCCAGGACGAGGAAGAGGAGGAGGGCGAGGACGAGGAGGAGGAAGAAGAACUGCAACUGAGGGGGCUGCCUUCGGUGUCGAAGAAGCGCUGCGCCGAGGAUGCUCUGAUGGUCACGCGGCCCCGGCUGGAGGGCUUGGCGGCCGCCUCGGUCUGCCGCGCGCUCCAGUCCAAUCAGCGCUGCUUCGACAUCUACCAGCAGCACUACAUUCAUCCCCGUCUCUAUGGUGUCUUGGAUUUGUCGCGCAAUCGUCUCGGCCAUGCCUAUAAUCGAUAAGCUGCUCGUUCGUAUCGGCCUCGACUCGACUCCGCCCUCUCCGACCUUUUAAUGACAACGCGCUCUGCUUCGGCCUCGCACAUUACUGGCUGUCCAAACUUCCAAAGUAAUUACUAUAUGCACAACAUUUUUUUGUUUUACUAUCCUCUGAACUUUUUUUGUUUUCUCUUUCAUGGUUGUGCUAGCUAUAAAGUACCAUUGUUUAAAACGCAAGGAUUAAAUCCAACAAGAGUCUAGAGUAAUGUUGUUAGGAUUUGUUUAUUUUACUUACAAAUUUUAUCAAAUAUCGUGUGGUUUUGCUCGCAAGUGAUAAUUAUUUUCAGUUGUAAGAAAAAAGAUAACAUAUAUUUUUGUGACAAACGUUAGUUAAUUGUUACUGUCAGCGCGUAUUCUUAAGCGUUGUAUUUAUUUAUCGUACACGCCACAGCUACUAUGCAAUUUUUCGUUGAUCCCUUGUGAUCUCAGCACUGUUCCAUAACUAGGUGAACUACUUCAUAAUAAAUACAUAUUUUGUACAGUUAAUAAAUAAUCAACAGAUGGUCCUAGAAUCACGGAGAGAGAGACUCAACUGCUAACAUAUAUAUCUCGAUAUUUUAAAUCAUUGUAUAACUUUGAAGCCAGAGGACUGAAGCAUUUUGAUAUCACUUCUUAAAUUUAUUCUUUUUUCAUUGUUGGUUAUUAAUUAUGAAUUGAAUUACGGCUUAAAAAUUUUCACAACGAGAGACAAAGUGCAUGUUACAGAACAAUAAAUAUAUAAUUUAUA